UGUUUUGAUAUAUGAGCAGAACCAAACAAUUUAUGAUGACGGCUGAGGUUAAGUACAGAAUUCACAGAAUGCACACACAGUGUUGGUCUUCUAUUCCCACUGCUUUGCCAGUAAGCCUGUAUCAAUAGUCUUGUUUGUCCUUUUUACAAUACUGUUUCAGUCUUGUCUUGAAGUUUCCAGGAAAGUUUUGCAUUUACAGGAUGCAGACUAAUGAUUGCUGGGAUUCAUGACUUGCUGUUUAAGGCUUCACUUACCAAGAAAUACUGAGCAUGGUACUGUAAAAGCAUGUCUGGAUCUUCUGGUUAACUGGAUGCAUAAAUACAUUGAUAAUCAGGAUACAGGGGCUAAUGCUUACUGUGAUGUAGCUCUCCAUGGGCCAUUUUAUUCUACAUGUCAGGCGGUGUUCUAUACGCUUAUUUUCCGUCAUAAGCAGCUUUUGGAUGGCAACUUAAGGAAAGGCCUGUCAUAUCUGCAGAGUUUAAAUUUUGAGCGCAUUGUCAUGUGUCAGCUAAACCCUCUGAAGAUUUGUAUACCCUCUGUUGUGAACUUGUUUGCUGCCAUUACCAGGAAAUACCAGUUGGUGUUCUGCUAUACAAUUAUCGAGAGGAACAAUAGGCAGUUUAUACCAGUUGUUCGGAGUGGCACUGGGGGUGACCUUGUGCAGACAUGCACUAACCCACUUGACAGUUUCUUCCCCUUUGAUCCCUACAUACUCAAAAGAUCAAAGAAGACUAUUGAUCCUUUUUAUCAGUUUUGGGAAGAGCUGAGUGCUGAAGACCUUGAGAAUCUGAAAAAACCCAUUAAAAGGGGUACUUCGGAAGAUGAAGAUGAUGACUUCUUGAAAGGAGAAACCCCUCAAAAUGAUGGUGUGGUUGGAAUUGCGCCAAAUUCUUAUGAGUCAAAUACCCGGAGCCCAUUGAGCAGCAUUGGCUCCCCUCCAGACUGUUAUGUGCCGUACCCUCAAUGAUAUGGACAAUCAGAAGUGAAAAGAGGUGAUAUUUCUGUCAAGUAAUGGAUACACCUGAGAAUUCAGCCACUGUAGUGUCUAUUAUCAUUUGUCUUUAGGAAAAGGCAAAACUUCUAAGAAGUCAGCCUGCUCAAAUUGUGGAACCCAAAGGUCUUCUGUAUGUCCAGCAGAGAGAAUUUGCAGUGACUACC